AUGCUGCAGCUGGGCGAUGAAGUCUCACUCUACUCGGUCGUGUUCGUGUUGGCUCUGCUUGCCACUCGCAGCCCGGUGUGGUCCGGAGUCCUUACCGGCUGCCUCUACCUCUUCCUGGCCAUGUUCCGUUUCCCGCAGCUGCCAGCCAGCCGAGCACGACAAGUGCUUCACCCGGCUGGAUCCGGGAAGGUGUCCGUGGUCGCUCACCGGGGAGGCGGCCACGACGCACCAGAAAACACGAUAGCGGCAAUCCGGCUGGCUAGCAAGAACGGGGCAUCUGGAGUGGAACUUGACUUGGAGUUCUCUGCAGAUGGAGUCCCAAUUCUGAUGCAUGACGAGAGUGUGGAUCGGACCACAAAUGGAUCAGGCCCACUCAGUCAAAUGAAAUUCGCUGACUUGGGUAAACUAGACGCAGCUGCUAAACAUCGACUCAGGGAUAAAUUUGCUGGUGAGAAGAUCCCAACAUUGCAGCAGGCUGUGGACGAAUGCAUCAAACUCCAGCUCAGCAUUUACUUUGAUGUGAAAGGACAUCCAGAUGAGGCAGCUGCAGCUCUUUCCGCUUUGUACAAGAAGCAUCCAAUUCUGUACAACAGCAGCAUCGUAUGCUCCUUUGAGCCUAAGGUCAUCUAUAAGAUGAGGCAGACUAACCCACAGGUAGUCACCGCAUUGACUCACAGGCCCUGGAGUCUGAGCCGCUUCGGUGACGGCUCCCCGCGUUACAGUUCACCGUGGAAACACCAUUGGCUGACAUUAAUGGAUAUUGUGUUAGACUGGGCUCACCAUCACUUGCUAUGGAAGCUAUGCGGCAUUUCUGCAUUUCUGGUGCAAAAGAACUUUGUCUCGCAGGACUAUGUGCAAUACUGGAGCCAGAGAGGAGUGGAAGUGGUUGCCUGGACCGUAAACACCGGCGUGGAGAAGCAACACUACCAGGAGCUUCUGAAAAUCAGCUAUAUCACAGACAGCCUUGUGGAGGACUGCGAUCCUCACUAUUAA